UGCACGAUGCUUUCUUUUUAUCCAUGUUCCAUGGUAUUAAGCAUUAUGCAGUCCCUUCCUCUUGUACUGUUAACAAUAGCAUCCACAAACAAUGCUCUUUAUCGAAUAUCACAAGAUAAAUACCAACAACUCAACACCUGCAUCUAGCAAACUACUUUCCAUUCGAUGACAUACAUACAAAUCCAACAUGGCAUCAUCCACCUCCCUCACCGAAUCCCAACUCGAACAAGCCCUGUCCAAACCCGAAGAAAUCAAACGCCUCCUCCCCAACAUCCUCACCCCAGAAACCGUGUCAAACAUCGGCUGGAUGCUCGAAGAAAGCGUCCUCCACGGACACACAGAAACAUACCACCUGCUCGCACCAGAAGUCUUCAGCCGCUCCGAGAAAUUCUACGACCCCAUCCGCCACGCCGCAGCGGAGGCCAUAAUCAAGAACCGCGACGAUAUCAUCGACGACCUCUUCUCGCGCAUCUCUGCCCUCCCCAAUCCCGGGCAUUAUGAGGAUUGGCUGUAUACUGUUGAUGAUGAUGGGUUGAUUGCGGAGAAGGAAGUCCGGCGGUGCGAUAUUAUCGGUCUAGCGCUUUGUGCUGCCGUUGAGUACGGGAGUAUCCCUGCUCUUCGCAAGGUUCUGGGUAUAGAUGAGCUGCCUGUCUAUAUGGUUGGGACGGCGCUUGAGGCUGCGACGAGACUGCACGAUGCUGAUAUGGCGGGGGUGCUUGUUCAAGAGCUCAUGCGUGACAAGGCGCAGGUGACGCGGUACAUCAUGCAGCGGUGCGGGUUCGAGGUCGUUGAUGAGCGUGUUGAGCUGGAGCUAAGAAUUGAGCGGGCCAGGCAUAUCGUUGAUUGUUUGAAGAUUGCACAGGGGGGGAUGGUUUUUGAUGUUGUGGCCGUUCUGCUGCCGCAUUAUCUGGAGUGUGUCGCGGGCCAUCCGGGGUGUGAGAUGAUGCAGCAGUCUGGGUUUCUUUAUCUCUUGUCUCCGGCGGAGUAUAAGUAUGUGUCGAGGGAUCUGUGUAAGAAGUUGCUGAAUUGCGAUAUUCCGGUGAGGUUUCGGGGGUUGUUGUAUAGCUUGCUAGAAGAUGAGGAGAGGAAGUAGUUAUCUAUUAGCCUAUUUCCUUGUUCCUUUGUUAACUCAUCGUUUUAUU